GCUACUCUUUCUUCAUUCAUUUCUCACAAAAGAAAUAAGAAAAAAACACAAAAUGGCCAUGAAGAAAUAUGUGGUAGAGAUUGAAAAAGCAAAAGAAGCAAAAGGUGGCAGGCCGUCGGUUGGUCCGGUGUACCGGAAUGUGCUGGCAAAAGAUGGAUUCCGGCCACUCAAGGACGGUGUCAAUAGUUGUUGGGAUGUUUUCCGUUUAUCGGUGGAGAAAUAUCCUAACAACCAGAUGCUUGGCCAGCGGGAGAUUAUUGAUGGCAAGGCUGGUAAAUAUGUUUGGUUAACUUACAAAGAAGUAUAUGAUACUGUACUGAAUGUUGGAGAAUCCAUCUAUAGUCGUGGAAUUAAGAAAGGGGCACGAUGUGGAAUAUAUGGGAUAAAUUGCACUAAUUGGGUUGUAAGCAUGCAGGCCUGCAAUGCUCAUGGCCUUCAUUGUGUUCCUUUAUAUGACACUUUAGGUGCUGGUGCAGUGAAAUACAUCAUAUGUCAUGCAGAAGUCUCAAUUAUAUUUGCAGAAGCAACUAAAAUUUCUGAGGUGUUAAAAACUUUUCCUGAUACCGAGAAGUACUUGAAAACUCUUGUUAGCUUUAGCACAAUCACAAAUGAACAGAAGUUACUUGCUGAAAAAUGUGGUUUGGAAAUUUAUUCUUGGGAAGAAUUUUUACAUCUGUCAAAGGAAGUUGAAGACAGAGUUGAGCUGCCAUUGAAGACUAGAAGUGACAUCUGUACAAUCAUGUAUACAAGUGGAACUACUGGUGAACCAAAAGGAGUCAUCUUAACCAAUGAAAGCAUUCUUUCAAUGUUGUCUGGAGUAAAUCACCACCUUGACAGCAUGAGUGAAGAGUUCCAAGUGAGCGAUGUAUUUUUUUCAUAUCUACCUCUUGCCCAUAUAUUCGAUCGGGUCAUUGAAGAAUUGUUCAUUUCCACUGGUGCCUCAAUAGGAUUUUGGCGUGGGGACAUAAAAUUAUUGAUAGACGAUGUGAAAGAGCUAAAGCCAACAGUGUUCUGUGCUGUGCCACGUGUGCUAGACAGAAUCUAUUCAGGGUUGCUGGAGAAAAUUUCUUCAGGCGGUUUUCUCAAGCAUACUUUAUUUAAUAUUGCAUAUACAUACAAACUGCAUAACAUGAUUAGAGGGUACAAACAUGAAGAGGCAGCACCAAGGUUUGACAAGAUUAUUUUUAGUAAGGUGAAAGAAGGUCUAGGAGGAAAAAUGCGACUUAUCUUAUCUGGAGCAGCACCUCUUUCUCCUUCUGUGGAAACCUUCUUAAGAGUGGUCACAUGUGCUCAUGUUCUUCAAGGAUACGGUUUAACAGAAACGUGUGCGGGAUCAUUUGUUGCACAACCAAAUGAACUAUCAAUGAGUGGGACAGUGGGCCCACCAUUACCAAAUGUGGAUGUAUGUUUGGUUUCAGUUCCUGAAAUGGGAUACGAUGCUCUAGGGAUGGGGCCCACUACACCUCCACGUGGAGAAAUACUAUUACGUGGAAAUUCAUUAUUCUCCGGAUAUUAUAAACGUCAAGACCUCACCAAAGAAGUACUUGUAGAUGGAUGGUUCCACACAGGGGAUAUUGGGGAGUGGCAACCGGAUGGAAGCAUGAAAAUCAUUGACCGAAAAAAGAAUAUUUUUAAGCUUUCACAAGGCGAGUAUGUCUCCGUCGAGAAUCUAGAAAGCAUAUUCUCCCUUGUUCCCAGCAUUGAUUCGAUAUGGGUAUAUGGAAACAGCUUUGAAUCUUUCCUUGUUGCGGUUGUGAACCCAAACAAAGAAUCACUUGAACAAUGGGCAGUAGAAAACGGGGUGGAUGGUGAUUUCUGUACCAUUUGUGAAAACCCCAAAACAAAUGCUUAUAUUCUUGGAGACCUAACAAAUAUUGCUAAACAGAAAAAGUUGAAAGGUUUUGAAUUUGUGAAAGCUGUUCAUCUUGAUCCUGUACCAUUUGACAUGGAUCGAGAUCUGCUAACUCCAACCUUCAAGAAGAAGAGAGCCCAGUUUCUUAAAUACUACCAGAAUGUCGUGGAUGGUAUGUAUAAAAGCAGCCGAUAAUCAAGAUAUUUUUAGAUGCCUCUAAUAUAAUAUAAAUAAACAAUAUAUUUUCUAUGAGGAUCCAAAUGAUUAUUUUCAGCUACUACCAAUCAGUUUAUAUUUCUACUUCAAACUUUGAAGUAGUUUGUUCUUUGGUUGCUAUCAAAGUGUGUUGUAGUAUUUCAUACAUUUUAUAUAUGUAUAUCCAAAAUUAUUAUAAUGAGUAUUAUGGAUUAAGCAUUUAAUCCGUGGUUA